AUAGGAAGAACGCUUUGAUGAGUGAGUUCACAUACCUUUGUUUUAUGUACAAAAACCGCUAUAAAGAGAAAUCUGCAGUAUCUUAAAAUCGACGGUAAAAAAGUUUGUCUGAACUAUAGAUUCUAUGCAGCUGAGUUGGUUUGGUAACGUGUAGCAAUUUGUGUAGAAAAAUAUCUGAAGAGAAGAGAGGAAUGUUUUUGCUGUUGUCCUUCUUAUUUUCUUGUUCUCAAAUACUCUAUAUUUUCUUUAAACAUGAUCCUAAUCAAUGUGGGUGUUGGUUGUAAAGGUUAGUAAUGCAAUGUGGUGGUCUCCUUAUAAUUAUUGUAGGUAAGGUAUUGAAAUUAAAUGAAAUUAAAUUUGUGAAACCAAAAGAAGAAACAAUAGAGCCUUUCAUCUUUUUGUAACAGAGCGAGACUCAGUUACUAAAAUAAGCAAAAAUGACUUUAUCCUUUUGCGUGUAUACAGAGUCUUAAUAAUUGUUUUCCACUUUCCUACAGAAAAAAAUAAGAAAGGUCAUUUAGGGCUCUCUUGAAGGUUUUCACCCCCAUAGAAACAGAGCACUAGAGAGAGGUUGUGAGACUGAAACAGUCAGAGAAGAGAACUGUCUUCGUGAGAUGGCUAGAAACAUAGCAUUUGGUAGGAUUCAAGAAGACAUGAACAAGACAAGCUUCUUCAAGAUUCUUGCAGAUGAAGAUCUUUCCUCUGAAUCCAUGAGGUUGAUUCCAAACGAGUUCUGGAGAAGAAGUGAAUGCAAGAAUCUCCCACCUAAGGUGACCUUGAAGGUGGCUUGGGGAAGUUCUUGGACAGUGAAUCUCUCACCAUUCAUGGGAUGUUACCUUAUGGAGAGAAAGGGAUGGGAGAAGUUUCUAAACGACAAUCACUUGGGAGACAACGAGUUUCUCACCUUCACAAACGAAGGAAACAAUUGCAUAACCGUUGACAUCUUCCAGAAGAAUUGCAUAGAGAUCCUCAAGCCACUAAACACUUCUUCCUCCAUUGUUAAGAAUGAAGAGAUGAGCUGUGUUGAUCCUGUAAUAGCUGAAUCCAAGAAGAAAGUGGAUAGUAAUGUCUAUGGAGCUUCUUCUUCUUCUUCCUCUGCUGCAACAUUCAGUCUCACCAUCAAGAAAUCACAUCUCACAGUGUUGUCCAUACCGGUAACUUUUGCAAAGGAGCACAUGCCAAAGGUGAGGACUAAGUUUGUCAUACAUGAUCCGAAGGGUAAGCCAUGGGAGGUGGUCUACGUUCCCAGUAAUGGAUCAAAGUUGUUUUCCAGCGGAUGGAGGUUUCUAACAAAUGGCUACGGUUUAGCUGUUGGAGAUUUGUGCACUUUCAGACUCGUUAGACCCAGAGAGAUGGUUCUUGAAGUUUUACAUGCCUCUUCAUGAAGUAGUUAGAACAAUGGAAGCUUUUAUUUCAUGCAAGUUAGUGUCACAUAGGAUGACUUCUGGAUCUUUAUGAUUAAAUGAAACUGAUGCUUUUUUUUAUCAAUAACUUUAUUAGCAAA